AUGCCGCUGGCCCACAGGACUCGGGUGAAGCCGCAGGCCAGUAGCCGUGGCAGGGCUGGCUCUGCCCACGUCCUGGCCUUGGACCUGACAGAUCCCAAGGACGGUUUCCAGGAAGUCAAAGAAAACAUACCGGCUUACCCUGGGUUUUGUGAUGCCUUCAACAUCGACAUGAAGAAGCCACGAAUCAUUCCGGGCUCGAAGGAAGCCUAUUUUGGCUAUACGGUUCAGCAGCAUGAAAUCAACGGGAAGAAGUGGCUGGUGGUAGGAGCCCCGUACGAGAGCAGCGGGCAACAGAAGACUGGAGACGUUUACAAGUGUUCGGUGAAUGGCGAAGCCAACAGCACCUGCUCCAAGCUCAACCUAGGGAGAGUAACUCUUUCCAAUGUGUCGGAGCGCAAGGAUAACAUGCGCCUGGGGCUGAGCCUGACCACAAACCCCAAAGAUAACAGCUUUCUGGCCUGCAGCCCACUCUGGUCCCACGAGUGCGGAAGUUCUUACUACACCACGGGAAUGUGCUCCAGGGUGAACUCCAACUUCCGGUUCUCCAAGACCGUGGCACCAGCUCUCCAGAGAUGCCAGACCUACAUGGAUAUAAUUAUCGUCCUGGAUGGAUCCAACAGCAUCUACCCCUGGGUGGAAGUUCAGGAUUUCCUGAUAAAAAUCUUGAAGAAGUUUUACAUUGGACCAGGCCAAAUACAGGUCGGGGUCGUCCAGUACGGGGAGAAUGCUGUGCACGAAUUCCACCUGAACGACUACAGGUCCGUGAAGGACGUGGUGGAAGCCGCAAGGCACAUUGAGCAGAGAGGCGGCACCGAGACCCGGACGGCAUUCGGGAUAGAGUUUGCUCGCUCAGAAGCCUUCCAGAAAGGCGGGCGGAAGGGCGCCAAGAAGGUGAUGAUCGUCAUCACGGAUGGCGAGUCCCACGACAGCCCCGACCUCGAGAAGGUGAUGGAGGCCAGCGAGAGGGACAACGUCACCAGAUACGCGGUCGCGGUUCUUGGUUAUUACAACAGAAGAGGGAUCAAUCCGGAGGCCUUUCUAAACGAGAUUAAAUAUAUAGCAAGUGACCCAGACGACAAGCAUUUCUUUAAUGUCAGUGACGAGGCAGCUCUUAAAGACAUCGUGGAUGCUCUUGGGGAGAGGAUUUUCAGCCUGGAAGGUACCAACAAGAAUGAAAUAUCCUUCGGCCUAGAAAUGUCCCAGACGGGAUUUUCAUCACACAUUGUGGAAGAUGGGAUUCUGCUGGGAGCUGUGGGUGCUUAUGACUGGAACGGAGCAGUGCUGAAGGAGACCAGCGGCGGAAAGGUGGUCCCUCUCCGCGAGUCCUACCUGCAAGAGUUCCCGGAGGAGCUGAAAAACCAUGGCGCAUACCUGGGAUACACAGUCACUUCGGUGGUGUCCACAAGACUUGACCAGCUGUACGUGGCAGGAGCACCGCGGUUCAACCACACGGGGAAAGUGAUAGUUUUCACGAUGCACACCAACCGGAAUCUCACCAUCCACCAGUCGCUGAAAGGCGAACAGAUUGGUGCCUAUUAUGGCAGUGAGAUCAAUUCGGUGGAUGUGGAUGGAGACGGAGUCACGGAUGUUUUGCUGGUUGGCGCCCCCAUGUACUUCAGCGAAGGAAGGGAGAGAGGCAAGGUGCACGUCUACCACCUGAAAGAGGACCGGUUUGUUCCCAGCGGGGCCCUAAAAGAUUUGCCCAGCUACCAGAACUCCCGGUUUGGGUCGUGCAUCGCGUCCGUCGCGGACUUGAACCAGGACUCUUACAACGACGUCGUCGUGGGCGCUCCUCUGGAGGAGGAGCACCGGGGAGCGAUCUACGUCUUUCACGGCUACAGGGAAGACCUCCUGCGGAACUACAAGCAGAGAAUAGCCGCGGCAGACCUUUCCCCGGGCUUGAAGUACUUUGGGCGCAGCAUCCACGGGCAUCUGGACCUGAAUGAAGACGGGCUGGUAGACCUUGCCGUGGGCUCGCUCGGAAGUGCCGUCCUGUUAUGGUCCCGCAGCGUCGUCCAAGUCAAUGCCAGCAUCCACUUUGAACCAUCCAAAAUCAACAUUUUCAACAAGGACUGCACACGCAACGGGAAGGAUGCCACUUGUCUGUCGGCCGUCGUUUGCUUCACCGCCAUUUUCCUCUCCGCUCAUUUUCAGAUGGCAAGUGUGGCACUGAAUUACUACAUCACCAUUGACGAGCGACGGUACAUCCCGCGAGCCCACCUGGACGAAAAUGCGGACCGGCAUGCCCACAAAGUGACCACCUUGUUUGCCGGGCGAGAACAGUGCACCAGGCUGAACUUCCAUGUUUUGGAUACAGCUGAUUACGUGAAGCCCGUGACCUUCUCCAUCGAUUAUGCCCUGGAUGGUCCUGACAAAGGGCCGGUGAUGGACGAUGGAUGGCCGAGCUCCCUGAAAGUCGCUGUGCCUUUUUGGAACGGGUGCAACGAGGAUGAGCACUGUAUCCCCAAUUUGGUCCUCGAGGCCAAAACCGAUAUUCCCACUGCGAUGGAGUAUUGCAGGCGUGUCCUGAGAAAGUCGCACUCGGAUUGCUCCGCCUACACGCUGUCUUUUGACACCUCCAUUUUUGUCAUAGAGAGCUCCAGGAGGAGGGUGGCCGUGGAAGCCACGCUGGAGAACAGAGGGGAAAACGCGUAUAAUGCCAUUCUAAACAUUUCCUUCUCAAGAAACCUCCAGUUUGCGAGCUUGAUCCAGAAGGAUGACCUGGACAUUAACAUCGACUGCGUGUCUGACGAGAAGCAUCCAAACAGCAGGGUCUGCAACGUCAGCUAUCCCUUCUUCCGGGCCAAAGCAAAGGUGGCUUUUCGCUUGGAUUUUGAGUUCAGGAGGUCUGUUUUCCUCCAAAACCUGGAGAUCUUUUUGACUGCCAGCAGUGACAGUGAGGAACUGGAAAGCACGAAAGAGGACAACUACGUUCUCCUGAAGUUUCCACUGAAGUAUGAGACUGACCUCCUUUUCAGCAGGAGCUCCAGCCAGAACUACUAUGAGAUCAAGUCGAACAGUUCCCUGGAGAGAUACGACCCCAUCGGCCCUCCUUUUAAUUGCACCUUCCAGCUGCAGAACUUGGGACUCUUUCCUGUGGAUGAGCUGGCGAUCAAAAUCACAGUCCCCGUAGCCACCCGAGGAGGGAAUCGCCUUUUGCAGCUCACUGGUUUUCGUGUGCAUGAGGGAAACACGCUGUGCAACAUCGGAGGCAACAAUACGGACUACCGUUGGACACCCUCGGAUGAGGACUUGGGCCGCCACCCACAGCUGAACUACAGCAAUUCCGAUGUAGUCUCAAUAGACUGCAAUGUGCAUUUGGCAGCAAACGAAGAGGUUCGCUUCCUCUUGUACGGGACGCUCUGGAUGAAGUCGCUGAGAGCCCUGAAAUUCAAGUCCCUGAGAUUCGUGAUCAACGCCGUCCUACAGCGAGGGUUUCGCAGCGCCUUUGUCUUCAGAGAAGAGGACCCCAGCCGGCAGAUCAUCUUUGAAAUCUCCAAGAGAGAGGAGACCCACAUCCCCAUCUGGAUCAUCAUCGGGAGCACCCUCGGAGGCCUCCUGCUGCUCGCGCUCCUCGUCCUGGCACUGUGGAAGCUUGGCUUCUUUAAAAGCGCCAACCGCAAGAGAGACGCAGCCCAGGACCAGAACGCCAAAGAUCUGGACUGAAGCCUCCGCCACCCCAGAGCGCUCCGUCACCCAUGGCUCGCUUGGCACGGAGGCCUUCGCUCGCCUGUCCAGGCCCCCUUCGCUGGAAGCAACCCAACUGCCACCAGUCAUUUCCAAGGGCCAAGAUGCAGCCAGCUCCAGGAACUUCAAAUUGGUUUUGUUUCCCCCUGCCUCAGACACUGGAAGCAGCCAGGCCGAGAGGGCAGGUGGCUAGGGCAGAGGCCCAGGCAGCUGUCCACACGUGCCACGGCAGGCGGGGGUCGUGCCA